AUGGCCGAUUACUAUCAUCAGGGUCCCCCUCACGGCGGCCCCCCUCCUCCUCCCCAGGCUUACGGUGGCUACCCUCAGCAAGGAUACGGUCCCCCUCCCGGACAAUACGGUCCCCCUCCCGGACAAUAUGGCCCCCCUCAGGGCUACCAGCAGCAGCCGAUGCAAUAUCAGCAACCCCCACCCGACAACCGCGGCAGUGGUGGCGGCGGCAAGAGCCAGGGUUGUCUCGGUGCCUGCUUGGCGACUUUGUGCUGCUGCUUCGUUUGUGAGGAGGGCUAUGGUCAACAUCUCAAGCCAUGCGAUAUUUUUGAUUUGAUUGGGGGAACCAGUACAGGAGGACUCAUUGCCAUUAUGCUCGGUCGAUUGGAACUUGAUGUCGACGAAUGCAUUGAUGCGUACAGCGAAUUGAUGGAAUCCGUCUUCGGCGAGAAGAUAAGAAAGGUUCCUAUCGAUUGGUCUCUAAAUAUUAGAGCGCAAUUCGAUAGCAAACGGCUCAAGGCAGCUAUUGAGCAUGUCAUUACUAAGGCCGGUGCGUCACCUAAUGAUCUUAUGGAUGACGGCGCUCCACGCCGUACCAGAUCUUUCGUUUGCACUACAUCCAGAGAUACACUUCAGGUCACACGACUUCGGAGUUAUAGUGUCCCCAAUGAGGAUACCCUGCCAGCCACGAUAUGUGAGGCAGCCUUAGCCACUUCUGCGGCAACAACUUUCUUUGAACCGGUGACCAUCGGCAAUCGAGAGUUUGUGGAUGGUGCAUUUGGGGCAAAUAAUCCCGUUGAAGAAGUGGAAGAGGAGGCUGCCGACAUAUGGUGCACCACGAGUCGAGAGAUAAAGCCCUUGGUCAAAUGCUUCCUGACGGUGGGCACGGGCUGUCCGGCUUUACCACCAAUUACUAAUAACGCUUGGAAAUUCCUUAGUAAAACGUUGAUCAAUUUAGCUACAAAGCCAGAAAGCACGGAGCGACGCUUCAUGGCUCGGUGGAGUAACGAGAGCAAGGGAAAUCGCCUCUUCCGAUUUAGUGUUGAACAAGGGCUUCAGGCAGUCCGUAUGGACGACUGUUCGCAGCGAAGUUUGAUUGAAAACGCGACGCAAGAUUAUCUGCAUCAUUCUUCACAAAAGUCUCGCAUUCAUGAUUGUAUUUUGAAUUUAGCUGAGAAAGAAGGAAAAACGAGUCUUGAUUUUGACUUACAGUUCACUGGAUACGAAGCCCAAGUAUUUCGAGCCCAGGUUCUCGGCAACAUUCAUUCCGCUGGAAGUGCAUUUGAACAACAUGAUCCUUCUGGUUGGGUUGUUCCAAUAGAGCGAAAUUCCAAAUUCGUUGAUCGUGAGCAUGUCAGCAAAAUUAAACGAACAUUUUUCGCGAAGGGCCAAUCAGGACGCAUUGCUGUGGUUGGCCUUGGUGGUGUCGGAAAAACGCAAAUUGCUCUGGAAGUAGUGUACCAAACCAAAGACUUAUAUCCAGACUGCUCAGUAUUCUGGAUUCCUGCUGUUGACACGGAAACUCUGGAACAGGCAUAUCUGGAUAUUGCACACCAUUUGCGUCUUCAAUUUGAUCCGCAAAAGGAAGACGUCAAGAGGGUGGUGCAGAGUUAUCUUAGCCAGUCUCACAGUGGUCGCUGGGUUUUGAUAUUUGACAAUGCUGACGAUCUUGAGUUGUGGAAGGAAAACAAUCGAGAUUGCCAACAGGGAGGUUUGAGGGGCUUUCUUCCCAAAAGCGAUCGAGGUGUCAUUCUUUUUACCACCAGAAGUACCAAAGUGGCACAAUAUCUUGCCGCAACGGACGUGAUCCAAAUCAAUGAAUUGGAUGAACCAAAAGCAAUGCGGGUACUGGCCAACUCUCUUCUUAAGAAGGAUCUCCUGGACAACACCCAAAGUGCCCGGGAGCUCCUUGAACGCCUCACAUAUCUCCCAUUGGCCAUCAUUCAGGCCGCUUCAUUCAUCAACGAGAACGGCAUGGACCUAUUAGCCUACGUCAAACUUUUAGACGGACAAGACCAGGAUGUGUUGAAUCUUCUUAGUGAAGACUUCGAAGACGAAGGAAGAUACAAGAGCAUACGAAAUCCAGUCGCAACAACAUGGCUUACUUCAUUUAGUCAAAUCCAGCGAGAUAAUCGCUUGGCGACUGAUUACCUCGCUUUCAUGUCCUGUGUAAAUGCAAAGGAUAUACCUAUCUCGCUUCUCCCUUCCGCACCCGAGCUAGAGAAACAAAAAGCCAUUGGUGUACUCAUUUCCUAUUCUUUUGUUCGAGCUCGAAGCGAUAGCACUCGACUUGAUAUGCAUCGACUAGUCCACCUUGCGACAAAGAAUUGGCUUCGAUCGAUGAAUUGCCUUCGUGAAUGGGAGGUAUUCACACUUCGUCAUUUAGCCGCAAUGUUUCAACCCACAGAUGCACCCAGCGAACGACGAGCAGCAUUGCCGCAUGCACUCCAAAUUCUGGAGUCAACGGCUGAUGAUCCUCCCACCUGGGAGAGAGUCGAAUUGCUAAGUGUGUCCGUCUACUCAAUACAUUCUGAUUGCAGGUACAGAGAAGCUUUGGGGCUUUAUCGACAAGCAAUCCAAUCCUCCGAAGCUGUACAUGGUCAUGACAAUUUGCGUACCAUCCUGCUUCGUGCAAAUCUCGCUAACAAUCACCAAAACCUGGGGGAGUAUCAGGAUAGUAUAAAGAUACUUCGUGAGAUUUUAGGUGUUGAGAAAAGCAUCCGCGGUCCUAACAGCGAACAAGCGAUACGUUUGCAGCUCGAAUUGGUUUGUGGCCUUCAAAACAUCAAUGAACUAGAGGAGGCUGAGGUGCUUUGCGAGAGUGCUCUCAGAUUCUCCUUAGAUCAUUACUCGCCAGGUGACCCUCGGCUCUUUAUGGCCAUCGAUGCGAUGGCUCGUGUUUAUCAAGGACAAGGCCGGUUCCGUGAAGCGGAAGAGUUGUGUUGUCACAUAAUGAGCAUGGCAAAGAGGUCAGAUAACCCUGACAAAAGCAGUACCUGGUCUCUUACGAGACGUGCCAUUGUUAUCCUUGCGGAUUGUUAUAUAUACCGAUGGAAAAUGAAAGAGGCGGAGCAGUUAUACAUCGAUGCACUGGAAACGGGCCGAAAAGCUCUUGGGCCGGAGCAUCCGGCAGUCCUACGUGAUACUUUCCAAUUGGCUUUGGUUUUGAAGGCACAAAUGCGACAUGAUGAAGCCCUUGCAAUGAUGACAGAAUGUGCACGUCUAGAGACCAAGGUCCAUGGACGUAACCAUCGUUCCACUGUCAAUUGCUACGAACACCUAGAACAAUGGACUUCGCGCAAGCACGGUGCCGAAUUAGUUAUAUGGAGCGCGCCCAAUGGGUAUUAG